CUUCAGAGCAGUACAUCCCACUAUGCUUUGCGAUGGGCUGACAAGUGGAUCCAAGAUGGCGUAGAAAGUAAAGCUAGACGUUUUGUCCCUGAGUCAUGGCGGACAGGAGAGCGGAGAAGUCAUGUGAAGAAGCCAGCAGAUCGUUAGCCAGGCGGGAGUACGAGGCGGCGGUCAGCCACAGCACGGAAGCCCUGCUGGUCCUCGGAACCCCAGCCCCACCCUCCGGAGUCCCUGUCUUGCCUAGCCCCCCGUCCCUAGUCACCGCCGCUGGACCCCUCCGCAGCCGUGCCCUGCUCUACCGGAUCGCUGCCCUCCUGCAGCUGAAAAACUAUGACCAAGCAGAUGAAGACUGCAAACAUGUCCUGGCGGAGGAGAUGGCCAGGGGAGACGGGUUGCUGCAGGCCAGCCUGCGCUCCAUGCUGCUGGACAGCAGCCUGCAGGAGGUGGCCAGUAACCUUUCCAAGGCCUUGUACGGAGAGCCACUGAAUGGCAUUGUCACAAAGGACUUGACAAGAUUAAAAAUGCUCCUCUCAGAAAUAGAAGCUGUAAAUAGAGAGAUGGUGCCAGAAUACACAGAUGACCAGGAGGAAGAGGUCCAAGAUGGCUGGCAGUUCAGGCCUCCUCCCCGAGGAGUCACCAGCAGUGAGGAGUACACCCUGUGUAAAAGGUACUUGGAGCAGGGCCUGUGCCGGUACGGGGCCCAGUGUACAUCAGCCCACUCACAGGAGGAGCUCAUGGAGUGGCAGAAGCGCUAUGCAUCACGCCUCAUCCGCCUCAAACAGCAGCAGGAGAGCAAACACUUCACCGAAAACUACAUGGAAACCCUGAUAGAGAAGUGGAUGAACUCUCUCACCCCAGAGAAAGUGCUGAGUGACUAUUUAGAGGGAGUGAAUGUUGAAACCAGCUCCAGCCUCUCAGUAACUGUCACCACCAAGAAAUCCUCCCACUCCUGGACCUUCACCUUAUUCUGCAAGCCGGCAAGAAAGCUGUACCGCAUCGCCCUGCUGUACGAUGCCCACCGACCUCACUUCUUCAUCACAGGCGUGUCGGCAGGAGAGCGGCUCCAGGCCGUUCCCAAAGGCUGCCAAGAGUGGACACCAGGAGAGGAGGCUGCAGUGGCGGUGGACAACGGCAUGGACCACUGUGUCUACAAGGUGGCAGUGGGCUUCAGCACAGAGAUCUUUGGUACCUUCCGACAGACAAUUGUGUUUGACUUUGGCUCAGAACCUGUGCUGAUGCAGCGGAUCAUGGUGGACGCUGCCUCCAUUGAAGACCUGGAGCACCUGAUGGCGGCCAGGCAGCAGCUUCUAAUGACAGCCAAGCGCUGGGACUCUUCUUGUAAGACCAUCGUGGAGUUCUGCCCCAAUGAGACCAUGGCCGAGCUGGAGCGCAGCCUCCUUUCCCGCUACCAGAUCCCUCUGUCGGCUGACCAGCUCUUCACCCAGUCAGUCCUGGACAAGACCUUGACGAAAGACAACUACCAGGCCCGCCUCCAUGACCUGCUCUACAUAGAAGAGAUUGCACAGUACAAGGAAGUCAGCAAGUUUAACAUCAAAGUGAACCUCCAGCUGGUCACCAGCUUUAUGCUGACUGGCAUCUCUGGUGGAGCCAAGUACGCCCAGAAUGGACAGCUCUUUGCCCGUUUCAAGCUCACAGAGACACUGUCUGAGGACACACUGGCAGGCCGACUGGUGAUGACCAAGGUGAACUCAGUCCUGCUGUUGCCUUUGGGUCGUGAGUGGACCAGCAGCCAGCCACCUCCCGGGGUGAAAGAGCGCGUCUACGAGGCGGUGAUUGAGGAGAAAACCAAGGAGUACAUCUUCCUGAGGAUCUGCAAGGACUGCUGUGAGGAGCUGGGACUGCAACCUGACAGGGAACUACAGGUGGAGCUCCAGUUUCAGCUGAACAGACUGCCGCUGUGUGAGAUGCACUACGCUCUGGAUCGCAUCAAAGAUAACACCAUCCUUUUCCCUGAUGUCAGUCUUGUCCCCACCAUCCCCUGGAGCCCCAACAGGCAAUGGGAUGAGCAGCUCGAUCCUCGUCUGAACGCCAAGCAGAAAGAGGCCAUCUUGGCCAUCACCACACCUGUGACCAUCCCCCUGCCCCCCGUCCUCAUCAUUGGGCCCUAUGGCACCGGCAAGACCUUCACCCUGGCACAGGCCGUCAAGCACAUCCUCCGCCAGGACCACAGCAGAGUCCUGAUCUGCACCCAUUCCAACAGUGCGGCUGACCUUUACAUUAAGGACUACCUUCAUCCAUAUGUGGAAGCAGGCAAUCCGCACGCCAGACCUCUCAGGGUAUACUUCAGGAACCGCUGGGUGAAGACGGUGCACCCGGUGGUUCAGCAGUACUGUCUCAUUUCCGGCACACAGUUCACUUUCCAGAUGCCCAAGAGGGAGGACAUCCUCAGGCACCGCGUGGUGGUGGUCACCCUCAGCACCUCCCAGUACCUCUGCCAGCUUGACUUGGAGCCUGGGCUGUUCACUCACAUCCUUUUGGAUGAGGCGGCCCAGGCCAUGGAGUGUGAAACCAUCAUGCCUUUUGCUCUGGCUAGCAAGACCACCCGCAUCGUGCUGGCUGGGGACCACAUGCAGCUCAGUCCCUUUGUCUACAGUGAGUUUGCACGGGAGCGAAACCUGCACGUGUCGCUCCUUGACCGACUGUACGAGCACUAUCCACCUGAGUUCCCCUGUCGCAUCCUGCUCUGUGAAAACUACCGCUCCCAUGAAGCUAUCAUCAACUACACGUCAGAGUUGUUUUAUGAUGGGAAGUUGAUGGCGAGUGGGAAGCAGCCUUCCCAUAAAGACUUCUACCCUCUGACCUUCUUCACUGCCAGAGGAGAGGAUGUCCAGGAAAAGAACAGCACUGCCUACUACAACAACGCUGAGGUGUUUGAAAUUGUGGAGCGAGUGGAAGAGAUGCGAAAGAAGUGGCCGGUGGCCUGGGGCAAGCUGGAUGAAGGCAGCAUCGGCGUAGUGUCGCCAUACGCUGACCAGGUGUUCCGCAUCCGAGCAGAGCUCCGAAAGAAGAGGAUGCACGAAGUCAGUGUGGAGAGGGUCCUCAAUGUCCAAGGCAAACAGUUCCGGGUGCUGUUUCUGAGCACAGUGCGGACGCGGCAUACCUGCAAGCACAAGCAGACGGCCAUAAAGCGCAAAGAGCAGCUUGUUGAGGACUCAACGGAGGACCUGGACUAUGGCUUCCUGUCCAACUACAAGCUACUCAACACAGCCAUCACCAGAGCCCAGUCCUUGGUUGCUGUGGUGGGAGACCCCAUAGCCCUAUGCUCUGUCGGGCGCUGCAGAAAGUUCUGGGAGCACUUCAUCUCCAUCUGCCACGACAACUCCAGCCUGCAUGGCAUCACCUUUGAGCAGAUCAAGGCCCAGCUGGAGGCCCUGGAGCUCAAGAAGACCUAUGUCCUCAAUCCGCUGGCCCCAGAGUUCAUCCCCCGUGCCCUUAGGCCCCUGCUAGUGCCCCACCCCACCCACCCUGCGCACCCUGCCGCGCAGACCCUCCACCCCCACCAUCAUCAGCAUCCUCAGCAUCCACAGGCUGCCUCCAGCAAGCAGGGGCCACAGCAGCAGCAGCAGCAGCAACAGCAGCAGCAGUCGCCCCCCAAGGGGAAACAUGCAAACCACACAGAGCACUUUCCACCUGAAGGAUUCGUCCAACCCAACCCAACAGUGCUGAUGGGUAAUCCCAUUCGGGCGUUCACGCCACCCCUGGGCGGCACACCGGCUGGAAUGGGCAAGUCACCCAGUCCCGUUCAGAGGAUAGAUCCACAUACAGGAGCCAGCAUCCUGUAUGUUCCAGCUGUCUAUGGGGGCAAUAUGGUCAUGUCCAUGCCCCUGCCUUUGCCUUGGCCAGGUUACCAGAACCGCUUUGCCAUGGACCCUCGCAUCAUGAGCCACCAGGCAGCCAUGGCCUACAACUUCAAUCUGUUGCAGGCCCAGAACCGAGGCUCCCCUAUCCCCUACAGCGGGGUGGCUCACCCCUCCCCUCUAGGAAUGGGCCAGCCCAGCCCUGACAAGGAGAUACAGGCAGAUCCCAUCAGAAAUGGUAAAUUAGAAGGAUGUUCAAAGUCAGAACAGAGCCGUCUUCAGACACCAGAGAGGAAACCCUCGGACAUGAAGGACAAACAGGGAGAUUUAGACACAGGCCAAAGUCGAGGUCUAGACUCUCAGACAGAUGGGCUGGGGGGAUUCCCCAACACGCUACUCCACCGAAAAGACCCCUCAGCAGGCCAAAGACCCCUCAACUACCACCUGGCACCCCCCAACCCAGCUUUCCCCCCACACCCUGCCAGUGGAAGAGCCUUCCCCCCUCAGUAUCCAGUCUCCAGGGUUCCUUAUCGGGUCAAUCAGCCCCAACACCCAGGAAUGGCUCAACAAAGUCAACAGCAGCAGCAGCAGCUUAGUCCUGCCUACAGUGGUGGUAGCCACAACCCUUCCUUCUUCAGUGGGCCCAUACCCCCCCACAGGGGUGUCCAGUCCCCCACAUUGGAUGGGCCAGAGUCUGGCGGGACAGAGGAGAUAAGUACUUCCAUGAGGACUCCAAUGGGCCACCAGGGAGGCCACCAUCCAGGACUAUCACAGCCCAACAGGGUGAACAGCUUUGGGGAGGAGGGACAAGAUGGAGGCAUGGGAGAUGGCCUGGAUCUUCAGGGUCCCUUGGCUCUGGAGGCUCUAAGCCAGCAGCAGCAGCAGCAGGCAGCCAGGCUGGGCCAGUGGGGGGAAGCAGCAGGGCCUUUCCUCCCGGGAGGUGUAGCUUUCCCGCUACCCCAGCAGCUGGCCCACCUUGCCCAACCUGGCCUGGCUCGCUUCCCCCAUCAGCUGCUCCGGGCAGCCAGUUGGGGCCUGAAUGCCAGUAUGGAGGACGAAGCUGUCCCCCCUGCCUCCACAGGACCACCUUUCACCAGGUACCCCGGCCUCUUGCGAGAGAUGCCAUCACAGGAACAGCCGGAGCAUCGGGAGGCAGCAGAGAUGCAGCCCCCGCCUCAGUCCCGUCUCCUUCAGUACCGCCAGGUCCAGUCCCAAUCACGUUCCCCUGGUGACCCUUCAUCCCCUUCAGCGGCCACAUCUAAUCACACCGGCCCCUUCCCCUCUGGUCCUUACUCCCAUGACAGCAGCCGUGAUCUCCUCAACGACAGCCUCCUCAACAACCCAGCUCUGCAGCAGCAGCAGCCGCAGCAGCAGCAGCAGCACCCUGGGAACCCCCUCUAUAACCCUGGUAGCUACCCACACCAGCCUCCAGCCCACUCUGCCAGCCCCCCUCCCUCCCAGGUUAAGUACCUGCUUCAAGAGGCCCAGUGGUCCCACGGCGGAGCUGCGUCAGUCGGCCCUCCACAGCAGAACCACCUGCUGGGGAACCAGGGCCAUGGCUUUCCUUAUGGACUGCCCGUAAUGCCUCACCCCAGGCAGGAGCAGGUCCACCUGAUGCAGCUUCACCAUCAGCACCAGCAGCAACAGCAACAACAACAACAACAACAGCAGCAGCAACAACAUCAGAGUCAAGGUCCAGGUCAGGAUUCCUACCACCCACUGUCCCCUCGAACAUCAGCAGCCACAGCCCUUCACAGUGUAGAUGAGUAUGAACCCAGGGGUCCAGGCCGGCCCCUCUAUCAGCGUCGUAUCUCCUCUACCUACCCAGAUGAAUCAUCCCCUGCCAACGCUCACACUGCCCUGUCCCAGCAGCCCCCGCCCUCAGACCCCCAGGACCAUGCCCACCCCCACCUACACACACAGCAACAUCAGCACCCACAUACGCCCUAUGGUUACCCCCCACCCGACCUGUGGCCCAGUAACGGCGGUGGCCCCGGUCCGUUCCAGAACAUUCCAUGUAACGGAGCCGGCACACUCGCUCAGCACCGGGACCUUCUUGCAGCUUCUUCCAAGGCCCUUCGUCAAGCAGAGGAGCAUGCGAAGGCCGAGGCAGCGGCAGCCCAGCAGCCACACCCACACUCCCUCAACUCCCUCCAGCACCUCGGACAGUUCCCCCCUCUCAUGCCCAAUAACAAGCAGCAGCAGCAGCAGCAGGCGCAGGCCUCCACAGAGCCCAGCCAGGGUCCUCCAAAUUUGAGCAAACCGCCCACCAUGUCGUACGCAAGCGCCCUGCGCGCCCCACCGAAGCCCCGAGCUGUUCGCCCUGAACAGGUCAAAAAGAACAGCGACCCGCUCUCCCUCUUACAAGAGCUGAGUAUAGGAAGUUCAAAUGGUAGCAAUGGGUACUAUUCCUACUUCAAAUGAGUGUCAUCUCCCCAGUAUGAUCUCUAAAUAAGUGAUAAAAUAUAUAUUUAAAAAAAAAAACAACAAAAAAUAGCAAAACUAUUACCAAAAAAACACAAAAAACAUGGUGCAAAGUGCUUUUACAAAUUGUUUCUAUUGAUAGUUUUGUUUUCUGCAUUUUUUGUUUUGUUUUAACUUUUUAUUUGUAACAGUCAAAUCUUUCUUCUGUUUCACAUAUCUGUGAAAAAAUAAGACAUAAGUAUAUAUAAUGAAUGCAUUACUGGUAUAUAUACAUACUCAUUAUGUAUAUAUGAAUAUAUACUUAUAUUAUGUACACUUGUAUAUGUACGUAAUGCUAAAAAAAAAAAUGUUGCAAAAAAAAUAAUAAAAAUAAAAAAAUAAAAACGCAGGUUUUGGUUGACCACUUAGCUACCUGCAUUUUUUUUCCUUAUUGAAGCUGGUUAUUAAAUGAGUAUGUUGAAGUUUUCUUCUUUUUUUUUUUUCUUCUUUUUUUUUUCAUUUUUUUCCCCUUUCUUGUCAUUUUGUCCUCAGUUUAGAGUGGACUUUUUGUCUUGAUUUUCAUACUACUGUAGUUGUGAUAAUGGACAAAAGCUAUGUGGUCAACUGACACAAACUAUAUGGAACAUUGUAUAGAAGUAGAUAAAUUUUCCUCUAAUCUGUACAUAUAAAGAAAAUAAAUGACUGAAUUGUAUGCCACAGACAUGUACCUGAAUUCCUGUAUCAUGCUAGCAUUUACAUUAGAAUUGCUUUUCCUUUCGUUUGCUUCUGAUCCUUAAUCCUUAGACAUCCUUACUUGGAAAAUCACCUUCAGUGAUUCAGUAGUACAUGUGAUUCUUACUUUAUAGUUGACAACACAAUCAUAAAUGCAUCUGAGUAUAAUUACUGAAAAAUAACAAUACAAAUAUUGAUUGCGUAUUAAUUUUCCUUCUCACUGAUCUGUCGUCGACAAGAAUGAAUAUAGUGUGAAAAUUAACAUUGAAUCAGCACCUAUGUGGUCUUUCUUUUUUUUCUUCUUCUUCUUCUUCUUCCCAGACAUGGCUCUCUUGAGAUGGUGAUAGGUUUUAUCAACCCAAACUGUAAUAAGCGUACCCCAAACUGCUUCCCUUGCUGCUGAUAUAGUUUAUUGUUGCUUUUUUUUUUUUUUUUUUUUUUUUUUUUUUAAUUUUUAUUAUUUUGUUUUUAGUUUCUUAGGCGUUGUGACAGGGUUUAUUUUCAACUUGUCAAACGAUGUGUGAAUGAAAUCUUAACCAGUGAAGUUGUUGUUACAGUAACUACUGGGGAUGUCGUCUUAUUGGAGAGGAAUCAAACGCGUCUUGUGUUGUCGAGCGUUGCGAAAGGCUGCGCUGGUCAGAGGGCUCGUGAAAGUGAAGAGAGAGAGAGAGAGAGAGUGUGUGUGUUGAAGUCAGACGGGUGUGUCACGGUCGAUGGAGUGAAAAUCGAGGUGUGUGAUGUGAGGUUCUAUGUGUCUUUGUCUUUCGACUGCACAUAAUCUAUGAAAAUGAAUCAGUGACGUCAUGGAAGUUGUUCCUGGCCAUUCAAAGAAUUCAGUUAUUCACUUUUUUUUGUUUGUUUUUUUAUUUGGUUCAGCCUGAUCUAAUCAGUUUGUCAGACUAAUGCAACAACAGUAGAGCAAUCUCUCUUCUUUUUUUUAAUCAGUGCAUUCUAUGUAUACAGUCAUGUAUAUUCAUAAAUUUCGUUCUCUGGUAAUCCAUACAGUCAGUUAAUGUACAGUUAGCCUCAUGUCCAUCAUUUAAAAUUCCCUUUCUGUGUCUUGCAGUCACUUCAGCCACAUUUAACCUUUUUCCCAAAGCCUGCAACCCCACGGUGCGACAGACUACAGGCCUUUGAGAUGCUUCUGAUUAGUCGAGAAACAUAAAGGCUGUGCACCCGCGUGUACAUCCAUUUAAUUUAUAAAAAUAAGCAGCUAGAAUACUGAAACCCUGAGGAUUUAAGAUGAUCAGUCCCGCACCAGUAAACCAUCAAACGAUGCUGAAAAAAUUAAUUCACCUGUGUUUUACCUUUUUGAAAAAAAGAAAAAGAAAAAAAAAAUACCGGAAACAUCCAGUGCUUUGUCCUGCUAUAUGUAAUCACAGAAAUGUUAACAGUGUUGCCCCAUCUGCGAACACAAAUUAACUCUAGCAAUAGUCUAAUUGGUAUAAUAGUAAUAAAAACAUAACACAGUUGGUCAUCGUUAUUCGCUUCCUCAGAAAGCUGAUAUCCCACCGCGCAUAACUUCACUCUUAGGUGUAUUCUGAACAAUCAGCAGAGAGUUACACAAAGCUACGAAUUUUUUUUUGUUUUGUUUUUGUUUUUUUGUUUUUUUUUUGUUUCAAAUUUUGUCAUUGUUGUAAUUCAAAGGUCCAGAUUUAAGAGGUUUGUCUUUUUGACUUAGCGGUGAACAACACAUACUUGUAAAUAUGCAUUUUCUAGGUAUUUACAAACAAGAUUUUGGGAGCGCCUCAAUUUUGUAGAAGCUGUUCCAAGAAGAGGUAUGCCCUUUUUAAUUAUGCAAAUUCACACAAAAAAAAAAUCAAAAAAACAAAAAAAUCUAGAAAUGGACAACAAUGACCCAGUUGGUGGUUGCGACACCUUGUCGCGACUUUUUAGAUUAAUUUUGUAAGAUUGCGUCUGACUGAUUUCACAAUGAGGAGAAUUUAUGUUGCAGCUGUAUAUGAAACGACUUAUUUUACUGUACAAUACAUAUUUUGAAGUUUAUGUUGCUGGAUUUCUGUUCUCUCACUGCUUCACGGCUAAAGAAUUUAUUUUAUGUUCACCGGUGCUUUGUGGUUUAACAGUCUUUUUUUCUCUCUCUCUCUUUUUUCUUCUUUUUUUUUUUUUUUUUGUGAGACUGUUUUGUUUUCAUGCAUGUUGAGAUGACCUGGCUGGUUUUUAUCCCUGUUUUUAUCAAACAGUUUGUAUUGAUUUGUGGAGGAAAAAAAGAAAAAAAAAAAUCAAGGUUUUCUUCACCCUACAGAGUCAAAUUUUGGUAUAUUAUUUGAUGUGUACAAUGACUUGUGACAUUAUGAACAAAACUAUAAUAUUUUACUAACAUGUCAAUGAAAUAUGUAAUGGUCAUGUAAGUUUUUUUUUUUCUUUUCUUUUUUUUUUUUCCUGGAGUUAUUUAGCAGGGCUAAAGCUGAGGUUGCUCCCUAGUGUGUGCCGUGCAUAUCAAGCUUUGGUUGUGUUAGCGUGGGGGGGAAAAAAAAAAAAAAAAAAAAGUGGAUCACAUACGAAU